GCUCCCAGAUCCGUAGGCUUCCUGUUCCUCAUCUUCUCCAGCCCUGCUCACCCCAUCCUGCGCCUUAAGAGUGGGAGGACCAAAUAAACUCAGCUCUCAAAACCAAGCCCCCUGUUGGGUACAGCUGACGGACAAGCCAGUGAACAUGCUGGUGUAGGUGGAUGCAGAACUUGAGACCGCUCCCACGAGCUCGGCUGGAGCCCACGCCGUCCCUGAUAAGCUCACCUGGUGCCGUUCUUGUUGAGGUGCAGCCAGCAAGACAAACAAACCAAGACAAAGAUCCAAGCAGGAAAACGGUGCUCACCGCCCACUUCCCCAUAUGCAAAUCAGGUAUAAAGGUACCGGAUCCUUAUCUGCCCUAGAAGGAUUUUCACACGAACGCUUCCAAAACCUUUUCUGCAUCAGACAGACGGACAGACAGAAGCCUGCCAGGGAUGCCUGGAUGACGCUACGCUCCACAACGUGGACUGUCUCUGAAGGCUGCUCUUUCUUCGAUUGACCCCACUCCAGGUAGUGCUUUGGCAAGAGUUGUGCCACUAAUAUCAUAAAUAAUGAAGACGUGUGCAUGGCUGAAAGUAUGUACUUACUUUAUGUGUAUGGGUGAAUGGUCAUAAACAUGGGCUCACUUCACUAGUGGGAAAUCAGUAGUAACCUACAGCGCAAGUGCAUUUAUGUAUGUUUAGCAGUAGCGACUUCAAGCAAUCUGUAAUAAACUCACAGACAUACGUCCUUGAGCAUGAAGACAGGCUCCGAUGCACCCUGAUCUUUGCACAGCACAGGGUUGCACUGCCACCGGCAGGCACAUGCUGCCUGCUACACCAGGAGCGUUUCAGCACGAUGGUGGAUUUCACCCCGGCACCAGGUGCCCUCCUCCAACUCAGGGUGGGUGACAUCUCCCGUCCUCACCAGCUCACAGCCACCCUGUGCCAUGAGUGACCACGCGGGGCUGGUGAGCCGCCUGCGGGCAGCCUGGCUCUCGGGGAGGACACGGCCCUUGGAAUACCGCGUGGCCCAGCUGGAGGCCCUGGGCCGCUUCCUGGAGGAUAAGAAGCAGGACAUCCUGGAGGCCACCGCCUUGGACAUGGGCAAGCCAUCCUUCGAAGUGGAACUCUCCGAGAUCUCCGUCUGCAGGAGUGAGCUCAACCACACGCUCAACAACCUGGGUGCCUGGAUGAAGGACAAGAGCGUGGACAAGAACUGGGCAACACAGCUGGACACAGCCUUCAUCCGCAAGGACCCCUAUGGGGUAGUGCUCAUCAUUGGGCCCUGGAACUACCCCGUCAACCUCCUCCUGGUGCCCCUCAUUGGGGCCAUCGCUGCUGGUAACUGCGUUGUGCUGAAACCCUCCGAAAUCAGCAGGAACAUGGAGAGGCUGGUGGCCGAGGCACUGCCCUGCUACCUUGACAAGGACUGCUUCGCCGUGGUGACUGCCGGUGUGGAGGAGACCACCAGGCUGCUGGAGAACAAGUUUGACUACAUCUUCUUCACUGGCAGUCCCUCAGUGGGCAGGAUCGUGAUGACAGCCGCCGCCAAGCACCUGACACCGGUGACGCUGGAGCUGGGGGGCAAGAACCCCUGCUACGUGUCUGACACCUGCAACGUGCAGAACGUGGCCCGGCGGGUGGCCUGGGGACGCUUCUUCAACGCGGGGCAGACCUGCGUCGCGCCCGACUACGUCCUGUGCAGCGUGGAGAUGAGGGAGAGGCUGGUGCCUGCCCUGCGUAAUGCCAUCACCGAGUUCUACGGCUCUGAGCCCCGGAAUUCCCCUGACUUCGCCCGCAUCGUGGGUGACAAACAGUUCAAGCGCGUGCGGGCGCUGCUCAACAGCGGGCGUGUGGUCAUCGGGGGACAGACAGAUGAAAAGGAGCGCUACAUCGCCCCAACAGUGCUGGUGGACGUCCAGGAGGAUGACCCAGUGAUGCGGGAGGAGAUCUUUGGCCCCGUGUUGCCCAUUUUGACAGUGACCAGCGAGGAGGACGCCAUCACCUUCAUCAACGCCCGGGAACGGCCACUGACGCUCUACGUCUUCUCCUCCAGCAAGAAGGUGGGCAACCAUCUCCACCUCCACGGGGACAACGUGGGGUGGCCGCUGGGUGCUCAGAGUUCACGUUCCUCUACCCAAGGUGGUGUGCCGGCUGCUGGAGCGGACGAGCAGCGGCGGCUUCUGUGCCAACGAUACCAUCAUGCACAUGACGCUGACUUCGCUGCCUUUCGGUGGCGUUGGACACAGCGGCCUGGGUCGCUACCACGGCCGUUUCAGCUUCGAGACCUUCUCGCACCUCCGCUCGGCCCUGCUCCGUGCCGACGGCCGGGAGGCGCUGAACGGCCUCCGCUACCCCCCCUACAACCCGCGCCGCCUGCCCAUGCUCCGCACCGCCGUGGAGAACCGCCGCGCCUCUACCUGCACGCUGCUCUGAGCGCAGCCUCAAUAAACGCUCCCUUCCGCCCUCAUUUCCGCCUGCCCAAUCGCUGCGCCGCCCUGCCGCCCUCUAGCCAAUCCGCGAGGAAGCCCGCCCCCUGUUUCUCGAUGAAUGGUUCUUACUGCCGCCAAUCGGCGGCGACGACCAAUAGAGUUCGAGUCACGGCUGUGGUCCCGCCCGGUGAAGCCGGCACCGCUGUGCGCAUGUGCCGCUUCUCUCCGCGCCUGCGCGCUGUGCCUUGGGGGCGGGCCAGGGGUCAGGACGGCUGGGUCGUUGGGGGAGGUGAGGCCUGGGGGUGGAAGAAGGGGCUCCUGGGCCUGUGCUGGGAGCAGGACAGGACAUGGCAGCGCUCCGCCUGUUGCACCGGGCUGUCCGGGCAGGUCCGCCGCUUCCCCCCUUGUGCUACCUGCGGGCACUCAGCACCACCACCCCCCGGGAGUGCUACAGGUGAGGACGGCGUCGCGUUCCCCGCAGAGUACGUCAACAUCCAGGAGCCUGCCAUGGACAUGAAGUCCAUCACCGACCGCGCCGCACAGACCCUGCUGUGGACGGAGCUCUUCCGAGGGCUGGCCAUGACGCUGAGCUACCUGUUCCGAGAGCCGGCCACCAUCAAUUACCCCUUCGAGAAGGGACCGCUGAGCCCACGCUUCCGUGGGGAGCACGCGCUGCGCCGCUACCCCUCGGGCGAGGAGCGCUGCAUCGCCUGCAAGCUCUGCGAGGCCAUCUGCCCCGCACAGGCCAUCACCAUCGAGGCCGAGCCCAGGGCGGAUGGCAGCCGCCGCACCACGCGCUACGACAUCGACAUGACCAAGUGCAUCUACUGCGGCUUCUGCCAGGAGGCCUGCCCCGUGGAUGCCAUCGUGGAGGGUCCCAACUUUGAGUUCUCGACGGAGACGCACGAGGAGCUGCUCUACAACAAGGAGAAGCUGCUCAACAACGGCGACAAGUGGGAGGCUGAGAUCGCGGCCAACAUCCAGGCUGAUUACCUGUACCGGUGAUGGUGGAGGACCGCGCCACGUUCCCCCCCAAAUCCCUUUAAUAAAGUCGGGGUACGCCAGCCCCUUCCUAAUCCCAA